AUGCAUUUGGAGCAAGCUGGAGAGCGCACGUAUGCGCUUGGAUGCACGUUGGAACGACGCUGGUUUCUUCAGUUUUUUGUUAGCAUAUUGAUCUGUCUCAACAAUGGGGCUUGCUUUUGCUUUGGUAUAUUUACCCCAUUCAUGAAGGGUGGUGCAUUUAUGUUUAACCAAUCUCAGGUGAAUGUUCUGUCCACCAUCGGUGUCAUUUUUAGCUACUUUUCGCUACCGACAGGAUUCUUGUACGACGCAAAGGGUCCAAAGGUAACCCUCAUGGUGGGAACGGUGCUGAAUGUGGUAGGGUGGCUUGGUAUGAUGCUAAUUUUUCUCAAACCUGAGGAUCCUUUGAUGGGGACCAGUCUUUGGGUAAUGAGUCUCUUCUACGCCAUUUCACAGUUUUCAGCCAGCUUUUAUGAGACGGGGAGUCUCCUAACUAAUCUGGAUGCAUUUAUAUGCUAUCAGGGACGCGUGAUUCUUGUACAGAAAACGUUUAUGGGUCUUGGAAGCUCCCUUAUCGUUCAAAUUUACAUUGCCUUCUUUGAGAUUCACUUCGACGGUAUAUGGCCCUUCUUCCUUUUUUUGGUGUUGUACUCGUUUACUGUUGGCGUACUUGGAACACUGUUCGUUCGUUUGCCAACCGAGAAGACGCAAUGCUUGGGAUUGAGCAUCCCUGACAAGGGUGUUGUUGCGAGCGGAGGUGGCGAAUCUUCGCUAUUCAAAGUUCCGUUCAACGUAGGGACCGGGAUUCUCUUCGUUGCCAUCAUGUACACCUUCAUCGUGACAAUGGUAGAGAAUUACCGUGAAAUAUCUGUUUCUGAUCGUCAUAUUAUAGGAAUCACCACAAUUAUUUUGUGCGUGAGCUUCUUGUUUAUGAUCCUUGCAACGCCGAGCUACUCCAAUAAUGUGGGUGGGUACCACUCUCGGUCUGCGAACUCAUCGUGGAGUUCCCAUUUGGUGGACGAGAUGACCACUACAGUGCCCGGACAAAAUAAUUGUAAUUCACAGCGGGCACCCACUGAAGCUGUGGAUAAUGAAACAGCGAGACGUUGUGACGUAAAUGCACCUGAUGCAGAGGGGAUUGGGCGUGGCAGAGGCGUUUCAAAAGAUGAUACAAAUGGACUGAAUGAACGAGAGCCCACCGAACCGCAAAAUGGGGAUAACCUUUUGAACCCUAACGAAGAGGGGCGAAGGGCUGCGGAAAGGAGCAACCACGAGCGAACCGUGAAUAACAGCGAAGUUGUUGCGGAGUUGCAGGGAAUAAAGUUGAACGGCGACUCGCUGCUCACAAACAUUCUCAGGCGUGAGAUGUGGGUUAUGUGGUACUCGUGCCUUGCGGCAUGGAGCUCGGCAACUUUGGUUUCAACAAACAGCACGCAGAUUUACAAAGCACUUAACUUUGAUAACUACUCUUCAACGGUCAAUGUGGCAUACGUCUCCAUUUACGGCGUGGCCAGUGCCGUUGGCCGUGUGAUUGUGGGUUCGAUUCACCCCAUGCUUGUCAGCCGUAAGAUACCCAUAUCUAUAUUUCUUUGCGGAGCUCCUGUUCUGAAUAUUAUUGGUUUGCCUUUGUUUAUUUUUAUUCCGAAGAGUGCGUUGUUCCUCCCUUUUUUUAUCAUUGGUCUUGCGACUGGUGUGUCUUGGGGAAGUACAAUUCUUGUAAUUAAAAGUUUGUUUGCUCCAACAAGCUGCGGUAAGCAUUACGCCGUUUUGUUCACCGCAGGAAUUGUCUCACCGAUAAUUUUCAACGUCGGCCUCUUCGGCCCCAUUUACGAUCAUUACAGCAAAAAACAGGGGUUGUGGGAUGUUCGUGAAUGUGUGGGGACUGUGUGCGUGUGGAUUCCUCUUGUUGUGUGUGCUAUUGUCAAUGUGUUGGCUCUCCCCUUGGCAGUAUAUUUUUUCCUGCGAAUCAAAAAGAGGGGUGGGUUCAUUUAUUAA